AAAAAUCUCAAUUUACGAUAUACUCCCUAGUGAUAUUGUUCAUCUUGCCGUUGGAGAUCAAGUCCCGGCUAAUGGACUCUUUGUUUCAGGAUUUUCCUUGUUGAUAGAUGUAUCCAGCUUAACAGGAGAGAGUGAGCCAGUUAGUGUGACAGUUGGAAAGUCUUUUCUCCUUUCUGGAACUAAAGUCCGGGAUGGAUCUUGUAAAAUGCUUGUCACUACUGUUGGGAUGAGAACUCAAUGGGGAAUAUUGAUGGCUACUAUCAGUGAAGGAGGGGAUGAUGAGACCCCAUUGCAGGUUAAACUGAAUGCAGUAGCGACUAUUAUUGGCAAGAUUGGUCUCUUCUUUGCUGUUAUUACUUUUUCUGUUUUGGUGCAAGGUUUUUUUCUCCAGAAAUUAAGAGAAGGGUCCCACUGGCGAUGGUCGGGAGAUGAUGCUGUGGAAAUGCUGGAGUACUUUGCUAUUGUUGUGACAAUUGUUGUAGUUGCUGUUCCUGAAGGGCUUCCUUUGGCUGUCACCCUGAGUCUUGCAUUUGCUAUGAAGAAGAUGAUGAAUGAUAAAGCAUUUGUCCGCCACUUGGCAGCGUGUGAGACAAUGGGAUCUGCCACCACUAUAUGUAGUGACAAGACAGGGACAUUAACAACCAAUCACAUGACUGUUGUAAAAGCUCACGUGUGUGGGAAGAUUAAAGAUAGUCGUAUGGAUGUUCCCACAUUUGGCUUUGAAAUAACAACACUGGGGGUGAAAUAGUUAAAAAUAAAAACGGGAAAACUGAAAUAUUGGGAACACCCACUGAAACUGCUCUGUUAGAGUUCGGUGGUUUGCUUGGAGGGGAUUUCCAGUCGGUUCGCCGAUCAACAGAGAUCAUAAAAGUUGAACCUUUUAAUUCGGAGAAGAAACGAAUGGGUGUAGUUAUAAAAUAAAAAAAUGGAGACUUGCGUGCACACUGUAAAGGUGCGUCUAAGUUAUUGGCAGGAUGUAAUAGCACCUUAGGUCCAAAUGGUGAGGUUAUUUCAUUAGACGAAUCUUCAUUUGACAAUCUGAAAGGCACAAUUGAGAAAUUUGCUUGUGAAGCUCUUCGAACUAUUUGCCUAGCUUACAAGGACAUAGGAAGUGACUUCUCCACUGAUCACCCUAUUCCUUUUGAGGAUUUAACUUUGAUUGGAAUUGUGGGUAUUAAAGAUCCUGUGUGUCCCGGAGUCAAGGAGUCUGUUGCUAUUUGUAGGUCAGCUGGGAUUACUGUGAGGAUGGUUACAAGAGAUAAUAUAAACACUGCCAAAGCAAUUGCUAGAGAAUGUGGCAUCUUGACUGAUGAUGGAAUUGCAAUUGAAGGUCCAAGAUUCCAAGAUAUGAGUGAAGAUGAAUUGAUUGCAACCAUUCCAAAAUUACAGGU